UCCAUUUAUGCUUUUAAAAUUGGAAUUACAAGAGUUAAAUUUCUUAAUUAUAAAUUCAUUUGAAAUGGUAAAUCUUCAUUUGAUAGAUUUGAAGCUUUGUUGUGCUCUUAAUAUUACUUAAAUUGAGACGAAAAAAGUAUUUUAUUGGUCAAGUAAAAGGUCAGAUUUGCAUUUUAUCGAUUUGAAGCUCUACUUACUUUACACAGAGAGAAAUGGAAGAAGUGCAAGUAAUAUCGAGAAUGCUAAUUGCAGCAGAAAAUGAAGUCGCCAAUAAGCAGCAUAUCGAUCUAACACCAUGGGAUCUCCGAUUCCCACUCCUCGGAACAAUUCAAAAAGGUCUUUUCUUUCACAAACCUACUCCGCAACAACAACAACAAAUCUUCAAAUCCUCAAAGUCCGGUUGCUUCAUCGAUCACUUGAAAACUUCCCUCGCGAAAACUUUACAGUUUUUCCCUCCUCUUGUUGGCCGAUUAGCAACUACUGUUAAUGUCGAUAAACAGAGCACUUCUUUCUUCAUUGACUGUAACAACGCUGGUGCCCAGUUUGUUCAUGCUGUUGCGCCUAGUACGACAAUGGCUUGUAUUUUGGAAUCUACAUACGUGCCUUGUGUGGUACCCUCUUUUUUUCCUUUAAAUGGAAUUCGAAAUUCCGAGGGGAUUUCAACGCCGUUGCUUGGGGUGCAAGUAACUGAGCUGGCAGAUGGGUACUUCAUUGGCUGCACGUUGAAUCACAUGGCUGGUGAUGGAGGUUGUUUCUGGCACUUUUUCAAUUCAUGGUCAGAGAUUUCUCGAGGUUUCGGAAAGAUCACAAGACUUCCUGAUCUACAGAGGUGGUUCCCCACGGAGAAGAAGAGUACUAGUACUGUUGUUCCAGUUGAGGUACCUCUGAUGCUCGAUGACAAGAUGUUGUUGGAUGAUGAGUUGAAGAUCAAACGACCUGUGUUGAAGGAAAGGGUGUUUCAUUUUAGUAGCGAAAGCAUAGCUACAUUGAAAGCCAAAGCCAACUCCGAAUUGAGAAUUGCUAAUACUAAUACUAAUACUAAUAUUUCAUCUCUUCAAGCUUUUUUGGCUCAUUUAUGGCUGUCUGUUACUCGUGCUCGUUGUCUUGAUGAAAAGGAAGAAGUUGCCAUCAGCCUCAUUAUAGGUACAAGGUCAAGAAUAGAACCACCACUAUCAGAAACCUAUUUUGGGAAUGCUGCAUAUCUAAUGCCAGUGAAGGCAAAUGCUGGAGAGCUACUAGAGAAAGGCAUAGGAUGGGCAGCCUUGGCAAUGAACAAGAUGGUUGCUUCUCAAGACUAUGUACAGGUGUUGAAUAACUACAAAGAAUGGCUGGAAAAUCCAUUGAUAUACAACAAGAGUACAGUGUUUGUAGGGUAUAGACUGGGAAUAAGUAGUUCUCCAAGGUUUAAUGUGUAUGGUACUGACUUUGGGUGGGGGAAACCAGUGGCUGUGAGGAGUGGCAUGGCAAAUAAAGGUGAUGGCAAAGUCACAAUCUUUUCUGGGGUUGAAGAAGGGAGUUUUGAUAUUGAACUGUGCCUUUUACCUGAGACUUUGGAAGCAUUAGGGAAAGAUGAAGAGUUUAUGGAGGUUGUCUCUGUUUAGAAUAUGCAUGGGUAGAGACAUGUAUGUCAUAUAUUACUCUCUCCGUCUCAAUUUAUGUGUCACCUUUCGGAUUUCGAGAUUCAAAUAAGUUGUGCUAAUUUGAUCAUACUUUUUCAAGUAUCUUUUAAAUAUUUCGACGAAUGGUCAAUCAUUGUGACUUAUAGCAUUUUUUUGUAAUUAAAAUUUUAUUUACCAAAUGGGCAUUAGUUGCUAGUUUACUCAA